GGUCGGUAUCUACUCAGCAAGCGAGCGACACUUGAGGUGAAUUUGACGCUGCGAGCAACGCGACGAACCGCACCUGAACAAAGCGAGUGACGAGAGAAGUACGACGACUACGGAUAGCGCUACAAGUCGAUCAUCACGGAAACACAAUGGCUGUCCAAAGCAACGGCACGCAUGGCCCAUCCGUCCGAUUUGCACCACCCAAAUCAACCUCAUCCCCAUCAAGAAUCAACGGUGAUGACUCCGUGGAAGUAGAAGUGGAAGAAUACGACCAGCCCGAAUCCUCCCCCUACGAAUCCCGCCGCGUGAUCCUCCUCCUGGGCCCCCACGAACGCAAACACUCCGUGCCCGAGUACUACCUCCGCCAAUCCCCGAUCUUCAUCGACAUCCUCAGCACGUACCCGCACUUCAUCACCAAGACAGUCCCCUGCAUCCCCCUGCCGGACGUCGACGACGACCUCAUCCACACGGUCGUCCACUACCUGCACACAGGCAGCUACCAGACGCUGCGGCCCGCGGGGGGCAGCGACUGGACCAAGACCGAGUACCGGCGCAGCGUGCUCGUCUACGGCGCGGCGGCCCGCUACGAGCUGCUGGGCCUGCAGACCCUGGCGCGCAAGUACCUGCAGAAGCUGGACACCCACCUCAGCAUCUUCGACGUGCUGGGAAUCGCCCGGAAGGUGUACGGGGGCGGCAAGGGGUCGACGAUCCCGGACUACGACCCCUGGUUUUUCGAGGUCUAUGUCCGCGGCAAGAUGGCCGAUGCCUUCGUCGAGGAUCGCGAUCUCUUCGAGCGCCCCCGGUUCCAGUAUCUGCUGGGCGCGGAGACGGGGUUCGAUCGGUUCUUGGUGCAGGCGCUGGUCUCGAUCUACGAGGCGAGGAUUGCGGAGUUGGAGAAGAGGGCCGUGCGAAAUGGGGGUGGGGGUGGGUUGCAGCAGCGGGAUGAUAAGUAUGAGGAUCUGAGGAAUGCCGGAGUGAGAGAUGAGAGGAGAGGGGUGUAUGAGCGACUACAUCUGGAAGCACAUGCGGAGGAGUUGAUCGACGAGCGACCGCCGUCCAGUGCCCAUGUCUCCGAGGGGUAUCCUGUCUCCGUGGCCGAGGAGCCGAUCGAGGACUUUCAAGACACCCAUACUACUGCUGCCGCUGCCGCUGGCUCUGGCACCGAGAAAUACGAAGAAGAGCUCCCAGCCGAGAGAUACACGCCCAUCGAGCAGCCGAUCAAAGAGGAGGAGCCCAUUCCUGACGCCGACGACGGCGGCAAUGAUGACAGAUACCACCGUGCUGAACCGCUCGAGCCCGCCGCAGAUGACACCUGGAACGGGUGGGGGAGCUGGGCAGCCCGCACGAGGGAAUGGGGCUAUACGACGGUCAUCCACGAGGAGGAGCCUGCAGCCACAGACCCCGAUCCCAUCGCCGAGAAAGACCCCCUCCCCGAGCCGGUGGCAGACGAGCCGCUCCCGGAUUACGCCGAGGUUCAGCAGCCGGUGGUGGUGUCAGACCACCCCCACGCCCACCAGGAGAAUCAGAGCCCCCUGGAGAACGGCAAGAAGAAGGACCGCAAGAAGGACCGCAAGAAGCGGAGCACCAUGAGCCGCACGCGGGCGCUGUUUUCCUCGGCGGAGGAACAGCCGCGCGAGCAGGCGGUCUUUUGACGUGCCAUAGAACAGUAUGUACAUAAAUGGCGUUAUUCCUAGACUGUGGUCGUUGCUGGGGUUUGGGUGCUUUUAAU